AUGGUCCGGAUUACUGUGGAGCUGCUCCGUCGCCGCGCGGAGCACAACGAGGGCUGCCUCUCGAACCUGAAAGAGAUCGCUCUUCAUCAGCAGGAUAUUGAAAAGAUCGAUCUCCUCGGCGACGCAUGCCGCCAGCUGGAGAUUAUCUACCUCUGCAACAACUACAUCAGCCGCAUUGAAGGGCUACGACACCUGAAGUGGCUGAAGUACCUCAACCUCGCCGUGAACAAUAUUACGGUAAUUGACGGGCUUCAAGGGUGCGAGGCGCUGGAACGGCUGGACCUCACGCUGAACUUCAUUGCGGAGCCGACGUCGGUGCAGACACUGCUCGCGAAUCCGUUUCUGGAGUCGCUACAUCUGACAGGCAAUCCAUGCACAAAGACGGAGGGUUACCGCGCCUAUGUCAUUCACUCAUUGCCUCAGUUGAAGGAGCUGGACGGCGAUGAGAUCAUCAGAGCGGAGCGCAUCAUGGCGCGGCAGGCGGAGGAUGUGGUGAUUGAGGUGGCCGAGGAGGAGGCGGUGAGGGUGCGCGAGGCGGAGCGCAUCAAGCAAGAGAUGCUAGCAAAGGGAAUAGAUCCGUUUCCGCCCAAGUACAACGACAAGGGUGAGCGUGUGUACGGACACACGCCGGAGGAGCGUCUGCAGAUGUUGCACGAGCAGCAGGAGAUGGAGCGGAAGAAAAAGGAAGAGCAGUCGACCCCGCAGCCCGGCAGCAUCGCUGCUCUCCAUCAGGAGCUGAAGAGGCAGCAACAGCCGUCGCAGCGCCUGACCACCGAGGAGGAGCGCAGCAAGUUUGGUCGUCUGCUGUUGCGCAACGAGCCCCGCGUGCCUUUCCACAUGAACCAGGACGACGCUGCGGAGUUCGUGCUCACCGUGGAGCCUGGCAAGUUCAUCUCCACCACGCUGCUCUCUGUGCAGGUAGAGGUUGAUGUGGUGCGGGUUUUCAUCAAGGGGAAGCUACUCCAGGUGCCGGUCGAGGACGAGCUUGCGGCGGACGCGGCGCAGGUGCAGCGCUCUACCACGGCCGGACAGCUAAAGGUGACGGUGCCGUACGCACCGGAGGUGCAGGAACGACGGGGCGACGUGCGUGCGCGUCUCAGAGGGCUGCGCGAGGUGACCGAAAAGGCUUCCAGCGCAACCGGGAAGAGUGUGGCGAGUACAACCCCACCGCCUACAGCUUCUCUUCCAAAAGCCGCUGAACCACCCACCCGCUCCACACUCCUGGAGAUUGAGAGUCGCAUGGGUGGUAGCUCAUCACCCUCCCUAUCGAUCAAUCCGCGAGGAACAACAGACCCACUCAAGAGCAGUGGCAAGAACACCACUGCGGGCAGUGGUAUCGUGAAAUCUGCGGAGGACAUCUCGCCUGUGCCGCCUACCAUGAUGGUUUCCGCUGAGGCGACCACAUUGGCGUCGCAACCCAUGACUGCAGUGCUGACUCCGACCACCGCGGCAUCGAGUCGAUGA